AUGCUCCUCGAGAAAGGCAUCAUCCUUGGCCUCGCCGCCGCUUCUGCCCAGUGCGCGGGCUCUGGCGCAGCUUGCAGCGUCGACGCCGCCGGCGUCAGAGGCGCCAGCAUCAAAGACGCCAACGUCCCAGGCGCCGGCGCGACGCUCCUCAAGCGUGACAGGAGCGCAAUGCGGCAGUACUACGAACGGUUCCCCUACGGCACCAUCAGCAUCCCCACGUCGGGCCAGGGACAGCUCUGCGGGAUCCGGGCCGUGCUGAGCAGCCUCGAGGCGCAGAUGCCGGAGCUCGGCCCCUUUUACAGCGUCGAGGAGAUGCGCGACUUUGCCAACACGGGAGAGACGGCGGAGCGGCACCGGGAGCUGAUCGAGACCCAGAGCUCCGACAACUUUUUGGAAAAGGUCGAGUCCAACUACCCGGCCGACUUCCUCGGCGGCGUCGUCGAGGAGUACGGCAGGAGGAUCAAGGGUCGCAACCUUCGCCUCGGGAUCCGACGGGCACAGUUCAAGGACGCCGAGAACGGCUACAUCAUCAUCGACACCGACGUGGACGAAGCGGGCACUCUCUGGGUGGCGCAUGCUGAUAGCCACUACGAAGGGUUGAAGCCGCAUCCUGGCGGGAAAAGUCGCGGGCAUCGGGACUCGGACACACAUGGAGCGAACAAGGGGUGGUUAUGGUGGCAGUGA